AUGAUUCCCGUUAAUGAAUUCCGUAACAUUACCUCGGAACAAAAUCCACGGUUCCGAGUUUUAAAGCCAUGGUGGGACGUCUUCUCGGAGUACCUGUGCAUAGCCAUGCUAAUGAUCGGCGUCUUUGGAUGCACCAUGCAGCUGACACAGGAAAAGAUCUCCUGUCUCCCUGAUUGCUUCGCUGGAGACUUAGAUGAAAGCAUGGAUUGCAGCUACCUCCAAAAACCCAGAGAGAGCAAGAGCCUAUGGGAGCAUGCCAUCACCAAGAACAUCACCCCAAACAUUGUAGAGGUGUUUGGCCGAAAGAACAACCUGGACAUUCACCAGUACAUCUUCAUAAACAGUUUCUGCUAUGAAAGGGCAGUGCACUGGUAUGGCAAGUACUUCCCCUACCUGGUGGUCAUCCAUACUAUGAUCUUUAUGGUAGCCAGCAGUUUCUGGUUCAAAUUCCCUGGGACGUCGUCCAAGAUCGAGCUGUUUGUGUCAAUCCUGGGGAAGUGCUUUGACUCCCCCUGGACCACUCGAGCAAUUAGUGAGGUAUCUGAGGAGAGAGAAGACAUGGUCACGUGGAAGAAAAAUUGCACAGCAAAAGCAUCGGCGGUGGAAAGUCCUGAUGAGGAGGACAAAUCUGCUGCCUUUAUUCGUUCUACGUCGGUUGUGUCUGACCAGGAGAAGGAGCCUGAGCAUGCCACGUCUGUCCUGGACAAAAAAGAAGGCGAGCAGGCCAAGGCUCUGUUUGAGAAGGUGAGAAAAUUUCAGACACAUGUAGAAGAGGCAGACCUCCUCUACCUUAUGUAUGUUCUCCAGACCUCACUCAAGGUGCUAAAAUUUGCCAUCAUCACCAUUUAUAGUGUUUUCCUUGUACCAAAUAUUGAGAUUGUAGUGACUUGCAGAGUCCCACCUGACCUGACUGGUUUUGGUUUGUUCUGCUGUAAUAACAACAAAGCACACCUCUUCUCAAAACUAGCCUACUGUUACAUUGGGUUUGUUGGUGUGUAUGGAAUACUAUGCAUCUAUUCUCUCUACUGGCUCUUCCAUCGGCCACUGAAAGCAUACUCCUUCGAGCAUGUACGUCUGGAGACAGGGAUCAACGACAUCCCUGACGUUAAAAAUGACUUUGCAUUCCUCUUGCACCUCAGCGAUCAGUACGACCCUCUCUACUCUAAACGCUUUGCUGUUUUUCUCUCUGAAGUGAGUGAGAGCAGGUUGAGUCAGGUUAACCUCAAUCACGAGUGGCCCAUCAAGAAACUCCGCACACGUCUCUCAAGGAACACCAGUGACCGCUUAGAACUGCACUUGUUCAUGUUGCCAGGCUUACCCAGCACUGUGUUCGAUGUGCCAGAAGUGGAAUCUCUGAAGCUGGAACAGAUCAAUAAUGUGACUAUUCCUGGCACGGUGACCCAACUUGCAGUUUUACAGGAAAUCUCCCUCAUUCACUGCCCUGCCAGACUUCACCUAGAAGCCCUCACUUACCUACGAGAGAACCUGAAAGUCCUCCUCCUCACCUUCAGCAACCCAGAGCAGGUCCCCUUGUGGAUGUACACUUUAACAAAUUUGGAAGAGCUCCACCUGAGUGGGCCACUCACCAAUGAGGUCCAUCGUGGCACCACCUUAGACACCUUGCGGGAGCUCAAGAACCUUCGUGUGUUGACCUUGCGUGGUAAACUUGCCAAGAUCCCUUCCAGUGUGGUGGAUGUAGGUGGCCAGCUGCUAAGAUUAUGUGUGCACAACGAGGGCAGCAGGCUGCAUGCCUUCAGUAGUCUGAAGAAGCUUGCAAACUUGGCCAUGCUGGAGCUGAUUGGUUGCGAACUGGAGCGCCUCCCCAGCGCUAUCUUCAGCCUCACCAAUCUGCAACAGCUGGAUCUGAAGGAGAACAGGCUUACCACUGUAGAGGAAAUCCUUAGCCUGCAACACUGCCGCCGACUGAGCACGCUCAGACUAUGGCACAACUCUAUCCGCUCCAUCCCCGAGCACAUCAACAAAUUGCGCUCGCUUGAGACACUCGACUUGAGCUGGAACAAGAUUCAUAGACUGUCAUUGCACCUUUGUUACUGUACCAAGCUUCGGCACCUGGAUCUGUCCCACAAUCAACUCACCUCAUUGCCCCCUGAAAUUGGUAUCCUCCAGAGUCUGUGGCACCUUUCUGCUGCUUACAACUCACUAGAAGUGCUCCCAGAGGAGCUGUUCUCCUGUAAGAGGUUGAGAACUCUUGAGCUGGGGAAUAACAGAAUUUCCUUUUUGUCUCCAAGGGUUGGGAACUUGGCCCACUUGGUGUGUCUGGAACUAAAGGGUAACAGGCUGGAGUCUUUGCCUAUUGAGAUAGGUGACUGCAACCUAUUGAAGUUGACUGGGCUCAUCGUAGAGGAGAGUCUGAUUGAUAUCUUGCCUACUUACAUAAAAGAUAGUAUGAAGGAGAGGUGAUUCAAAGACUGACUCACAUUUGAGUUGAGUUGGAAAACCAGAGCAUAUUCGGCACAAAGAAGGAAACAUCGCUGGUUCUAGA